AUGACACCGAUUACCGUAGCUCAAACUGGUGAAAUUCAAGGGAUUCCCCUCAACGCCUCUCUCAACUUGUUUCGCGUGCCUCAUCGAUCAAUGGCAGCUGCUCCAUCGCUCGCGUUCUCGCACAUUCUCCUAUUUAACUCGCGCUCUUCCACGGCGUCUCUCGUUCCUACCCUUGCCCCCUAUUAUCCCUCGCAGUGCUUUCUCUCCUUCCCCCUGGCCUCGCCUCUCUCCUCGUAUUUACUCCCCGCUCACUUCCUACCUGCCGCUCGUUCUAGACUACGCUUCGGAAUCCCCGAAUUUCCCGCUGACCGCCUUCGUGGAAGUAGCUUCCGCGUCCGCUGCGGCGCCGCGCCAUUCCGACGUGGCAUUCACGUGUUCCCACACGGCAUUUCAUUGGCUGCGGUCGGCCUGCCGGCCACGCAUCUAGGUCUCCGCGUGUCGCGCAGCGCUCGAAUAAUCUGGCAGCGGGGGAGAGGCAGGCGAGAGUGCAGAGGCCGCGCAAACGCAGCAGACUGUAGCGGGGAAAAUGGCGAGGGCGGCACUAGUGAGGGGAGGAAUUCUGACCCUUGGGGGAAUUCCUUGGAGGCAUUUCCAAAAACCGCCGAUACAGCAGUAGCAACAGAAGCAAGAGCGGAAGCGUUGACGUCUGGCGGAGGUGGCGCAGGUGGCGCAAGUGGCGCAGAUGGUGGGAACUGGACGGAGGUUGAGGGGGUGGGUGCACGGGGGAAGGCGGAGCAGGCGGAGGAGCACGAGGAGAGCGAGACGGAGUGGGGGGCAGACGAGGAGGCGGAAGAUGCGGAGGGGGAGGGGGGCUCAGAGGAGGAAAGCGAUGGGGAGUGGGAGGGGGAGGACGGUGGGGAGAGGGACGGGGAUGGGGAUGGGGAUGGGGAUGGGGGCAAGGAGGCGAUUCGGCGGGAGAGGAUCAGCGAGGCGAAUAGAGGGCGCGUGCCGUGGAACAAGGGCAGGCGGUGGAGCGAUGGUGAGCAACACGAGGGGGGGUGGGGGGGAGGGGAAGCAGGCGAUCAAAGCGGGCUAAUUGUAGGUGCGCGCGAGGAUAAGGGAGCGCACCAAGGUCGCCAUGAGCGACCCCAGCAUCCGCGCGCGCCUCAAGGAGCGCGGCCACCGCCAGAGGUGCGCACAGGGGGAGGUGGGGGCAGGGGGAGGUGGGGGCAGGGGGGGUUGGGGGCAGGGGGGAAGAGGUGCAGGCAUAGGCAGAGAUACUACUCCAAAGGCAGCUCCUUGCUGCUCACAGUUUGCAAGCAUCGCCUGCAGCUAUCGCUCCCCUCCACCCACCGCUGCCUGCCUGUCAUGCACCCUCCUCUCUCUCCUCUUCCCCUCCCCACCUCCCCCACCCUCUUCUCUCCUCCCCCCCACCCCCCACAUGUCCCCAUCCCACUGCAUUCACUCACCCUUCUCCCAUCUCCUCUUUCCCCAACCUCUCCAUCUCCUCCCUCGUCUCCGCCCCCACCGCCCUAUCCCCCCAUUCCCCCCUUCCCCGCCCCCCCUCUCCCCCGUGCUCUCACCUGCCCCCGCGCACCUGCGCCCAGUGUGGAGACGCGCGCGCUGAUAGCAGCAAAGCUGCGCGCCAACUGGCAGCAGCGCCACGAGCACAUGGCGCUGGUAACAGCGCUGCGGCAGGAGUGGCACGCGGAGCUGGCGCGCGCUGCAGCGGCGGGGGGCGUGGGCGAGAGGGCGCUGGUGCGGUGCCGCAACGGACGAGUGCUGUAUGCUGAUGAGAUGGAGAUGGGCGGGCGGAGAAGGAGGAGGAGGUGGAAGGGAGGCGGAGGGGAGACGGACAAGGAGGGGGAUGGGGAUGGGGAUGGGGAGGAGAGGUGGGAAGUGGAUGGGGGGGUUGGAGGGCAGGGUGAGUUGGGUGGGGAUGGUGAGGGUGGGGAGAGGAGGAUGAGGAGGAGGAGGCAGGUGGAGAGGGUGGUUAGAGGGAAGCACAGUGAGGAGCACAGGAAGCGAAUCAGUGAAGCCAUCAAGGCCAAAUGGGCCGACCCUGAAUAUCGCAGUCGAGUGGCAUCGGCUGUUCGCCUGGCGAGGCCCAACAGCAGGAGCAGUGGGGACAGCACAAGCGGAUCCGAGAGCAAGAGCAAGAGGGCAGAGAGGCGACGAGCCGCAAGCGGGGAGGGAGGAAGGCCACGCAGCAGCAGCAGCAGCAGGAGGAGGGGCAAAGCAGCGGAAGGCUCUGCUUUGCUGGGCGAUGCCAGUCCAGAGAGUACCCGUGAAGGUAUUCCUGGUAGUGGUGAUGGUGCUGCUGCUGCUGCUGACGCGCCUGAUUCCAGCGACGCAGCAAAGGCAGCAAAAGCGGCGGCGGCAGAGGUGGUGGUGAUUCCAAACCCAGACGAGGCGUUUGUUGAGCUCGUGAUGGCUGCUGAGGCGCAGAGCGGUGAGCAAGGCUCCUUGCAGGGGGACGCAGGCAGGGAGGAGCACAGGCAGCAGGGGGGGGUGGAGGGAGGGGAGAGAGGAGCGGAGGGCGAGGAGGGGGAGCGGCGCGAGGGAGGGUCGGGGGGAGUGGUGACGCCGUUUAAGCGGGUUGUGAUUGUGUCGCAGAGAGGAGGGGGGGAGAAGCGUGGGAUUGGUGGGGAGGGGAGGGGAGAUGAGGGUGAUGGCAUAAGGAGCAGAGAGAGAAGAGGAGAGGCAGCGUUUGAUGGGUCAGCUACUCAAGACAUGGGGGACAUUGGGGGGGGUCGGGAGAAGCUAGGAGAGGAGGUGGAAGAGUGGGAGAGCGAAUGGGAGGGGGAGGAUGGGCGGAACGAGAGACCGGAGAGGCAGGGGGAAAGGGGGAGAACGAAACAGGUGUGGGUGGGCGGUGCGUGGGACGGUGUGCUACUAAGGGGGGAAAUGGGACUAGGGGAAGGGCUUGGGGAAGGGCUGAAGAAGAGGGGCACAUGGAGGGGUGCAGAGGGGCGAGCAGGUGUAAACAGGGAGAUGCCAUGGCAGGAGGUGCUGAGGGAAGGGGAUAAGGACGGUGGAAGGGGGACCAGCGAUGAUGGGAGUGGCGGUGGCGAUGGGGGUGAGAAUGGGGUGUUGGGUGGGGUCAAUGGGAGUAGCAGCACGGACGGCAGCAGCAGCAGCAGCAGCAGCAGCAGGAGCAGUGGAAUGGGAGAUGGUAGUGUUGACACGGACGAAAGAGGCGUGUGGGACGACAGGGCUCCUCCCAGUCCCCCUCCACCCCGUUACUGCACUUCACUCUCCCCUCCUUCCCCCCCUUCACCCGCAUCCCCCGUCCCCCAGGGUACUGAUGGCGGAGGCGGAGCAGGCAGCGCAGGCGCUGGCAUCUUCCCUACUGCACCCCCUCUCCCUCCCCUCCUCACAUGUUUUCACUUCCCCCGGCCCCCCUCCCGUUCCCCUUCCCCGCUCCCCAGGGUGCUGAUGGCGGAGGCGGAGCAGGCAGCGCAGGCGCUGGCGGCGGUGGCGGGGAGGGACAACCGCGCCAUGGCCUCUCUGCUCGAGACACGGCGCUUGCUGGACGAGGCCAGGCGUGCUGUCAGGGAGGCUGAGGGGCCGCACGGUAGUGAUGAGGGGGAGGCGAGGCAGGCAGGGCCGGGUGAGAUGGGGGAGGAGGGCGGCCGAUAG